AUGAUCCUGGGCCGAAUUAUUCGGCUCUUACACGGCGAAUCAAACUCUCUUAUACGCACAACUUGGUUGACCAAGAUCUUUGUCACCGGUGAUGUUGUAUCGUUCUUGAUGCAAAGUGGCGGAGGUGGCAUGCUCGCAACUGCGAAGACAGAAUCAGCUCUUAAUCUAGGAAACUACAUUAUCGUUGCCGGUCUCAUUGUCCAAGUGAUUAGUUUCACCAUCUUCAUCUCCGUUUCCGUCGUCUUCCACCGUCGAAUGCUUUCAACUCCCCUCCACCAACUCAUUCGAUCCAAAAUUCCCUGGACACGAUACAUGAUGGUUCUCUAUGCUGGAAGUGCUCUCAUCCUGGUCAGAUCCGCCUAUCGUGUGGUGGAAUACAUUCAAGGAAGCUCUGGAUAUUUGCAGAGUAAGGAGUGUUUCGUAUACAUAUUCGAUGCCACCCUUAUGCUUCUUUGCUGUCUGCUCUUCAAUGCCUUCCACCCCAGCAGGCUUUUGUCGGGAUCGAGUCCGGUAGAUGAAAGGGAGGAUUUGGAGAUGAUGACACAGGAUGGUUACAAGAGCUUCGGGGCAGAACAUAAGGCCUGA